GUUGAUAUUUUAUCACAAGUCCCAAUUGUGAUCCCCAAUUGGAAGGGGCUGAGAGUGGAAGGUGGGCUAACUUCCCCAUACCAAUUACCCACUUGAAGGAAGCAUGUAAUCUGCGCUAUGCUCCAAAUUCCCAAUGGCGGCUCUCCAAUUCUUUCUGUUAUCUGUAUUUAAUUCAUCUCCCCUUCCCAGAUUCAACCCUUCAAACUCCCCAAACUCUGGCUUCGCCAUUCCCAAUAAAUCUGCAGCUUUAACCGCCAUUGAACACUUUUUUAUUUUCUUCCCCUGCUUUGGGUUGCCCCACCACUUAGCCGUUGCCCUCUUUUCUCCAUUUCCCCACUCUCUCCUCCUACUUCUUCCUUUUCUAUAUAUACCCAUCCCCUGCUUUCUCCAUUUUCUGCUCUCCUCAUCGCCGGUGCAUUCCGAUCCUCUGCUUCGCCGGCCCCCAAUUCUGUUUUCGGUUCUUGAGUCUCCUCUGUUUCGGAUUCCGCUCCAAUGGCUUCCCCUGUUCGGUUUCUGUUGGCUCUGUUUACUCUGCUGCUCUUCGUAUCAGGUGGGUUUUCCACGAGCUUUACUUUUCUUAACAGGUGUGGCUUCACGGUCUGGCCGGGCGUUUUGUCGAAC